AUGAGUGCCCCCGAAGACACCCAGCCUGAUGGGCCAGAUGGUGUGUCUUUGAGCCAGGAGACCAUGCAGCUCGGGCAGGAUGGUUCGGAUGAUGUCCUCAAAGAGCCUCAGCCUUGCAAAAGACCUGCAGCCGCCAAGAGCUCUUCCCUCAUGAAGCGCCCAGCCAGUCAGGCUGCUGAAGCCUCAAAGCCCAAAGCGGCUAAGAGCGCUCCAAAGCCCAAAGCGGCUAAGAGCGCUCCAAAGCCCCAGGCGAAAGUGAAAGGGGAGCCCAAGCCCAAGCCGCUGGGCAAAAAGCAAAAGCUUGCUGCUGUUUUUGCCGGAGAGCCCGCCUCUGCGGCUCCCGCUGACCCUUCCAUCCCCGAGGAGGAAGUUGAGGUAGCCGAGGGCGCCGAGGAGUCUCGGGACCGCUCCAAAGCGGCGCGCUUCUUCCAGCUCAUGCGAGGGGGCUCUCUGCCCGAGGCGGUCCUGUCCGAGUGGCAGAAGUCUGGGACCCGCAAGGCCCAGAGCGCUCUGAUCAACAACCUUUUCGAGAAGGUUGGCGGCCGCCUGCAAGUCAAGGCCGACUUUCGGACAGAGACGGCUACCGACCGCCAGUCUGGGUUUGGCAAGACAGUCUUCAUGAGGAUGUGCCGCUUCGACACGGACGAUGACUUGCAAGCGGCCAUCGACGCGGGAGACGUCAUGACGUUCACGACGAACGGAAAGACCAUGUACGCGGUUGUCAACGUGGAGCUGAACACGUCGGCGAAAAAAAACAACGCGGAGACCAUGGCGUCCGACGUGCUGGAGCUCUCCGCAGAGACUGGCUCCAUCUUUGACAGCAUCUGGUCCAAGCUGAGCCCGGAUGUCAACGACGCGGACUCGGGCGCAUCGCUGGCCAUCAAGGACGCCGAUCACAAGUUCGGGCCGGAUGAGCUCCAGAAAGUUCGCCCCCGCCUGUCAGUUGCCAUCAAUGCUAUGGACAAGCUGCUCAAGGAGACGCGCAAGUGCGCGUCGCAGAUCACGACGAAGGACGAUCCCGUGUGGAAGCGCAUCGACUCGGACCUGACGCACGCUAUCAAAGACAGCGAGCACGUCAAGAAUUGGGGCGAGCUACCUCAUGGAGAUGAGAUCACGGGGGCGAAGUUCACCAAGGCCAUGACACACUGGGGCAACGUCACCACCGGCUGCUAUGAGCAAUUGUGCGGCGUGCAGGCCCAGUUGCGCUCCCGGGCAUAG